CCGGCUCAGUCUGGGAGCAGCGGGCCGUCCCCCCCGCGCCCUCUGAGCUGCUCGCCUUCGCUCCCUGCAGCGGGUUGGGCUGGCCCCGUCCCGUUCCCCGCAGCCCAGCAGGCGGGCGGGAGGGAGAGAGGGAGGGGGCGGCAGCAGCCCCGCUCGCACCCGGCUCCCGGGGCUGCACCGGGCGGGUGGCUGCCGGUGGGACGAGCUCCGGAGGGUUAAAACGCUGGGAAGGUGAUAAUAACUCUGCGCUGGGAUGGGGUGCAAUUGGCAUUUGCCUGCACGUGACCUGCCAAGCUCCGGGUGACAGGUACCGGGGCUCCUAAUGAAUUUCCCAAAGGCUUGGAUCUGAACGCCGCCGUCGCCACUCUCGUCCCGGGGCUGCCGCCGGCUGCCCAGCUCCUCUCCAUCCUCCCCCAGGUCUCCAAUGGAAGCAGCGUGCAACAGGUCAGUUCUGCUACAGGAGCCCGAGGUGGCCGUUUAUUUCACUCCUUCUUCCCCGCGCUGCUUCUGAAAGGCUGGAGCAAAGGGUAGGAGCGGGCGGUCCCCGGGCACGGGGAUGGGAAGCGGGACCAGUCAGCGCUGCCACGCCGAGUCUCAGGCAUCCUCCGCAGCCCAUCCCCGGGGCGGCCGACCGCCAGCCUGCCCUGCCGCGACGGGCACGAAGGUCCGGGAGGAGCAUGGCCCUCGAAAGGCUCGGGGAAGCCCUGGGCAGCAUCCCCCCCUUGCAAAGGUCACUCCUGCUUCUGCUCUGCCUGCUCGCCGCCAUCCAACUGGGCAAGUUCCUCCUGCAGCAGCAGCAGCGCCGGCGGCAGGGCCAGAGCCGGGCGCCGCCAGGCCCUUUCCCCUGGCCCCUGAUCGGCAAUGCGGCGCAGCUAGGCAGCGCUCCGCACCUCUCCUUCGCCCGCCUGGCCAGCACCUACGGCGCCGUGUUCCAGCUGCGCCUGGGGCGCUGGCCCGUGGUGGUGCUGAACGGGGAGCGCGCCAUCCGCCAGGCCCUCGUCCGCCAGGGGGCCGCCUUCGCCGGCCGCCCGCCCUUCCCGUCCUUCCAGCUGGUGUCGGGCGGGCUCAGCCUGGCCUUCGGCGGCUACUCGGAGCUGUGGAAGCUGCACCGGCGGGCGGCGCACGCCACGGUGCGCGCCUUCUCCACGGGCAGCCCCGCCACCCGCCGCCUGCUCGAGCGGCACCUGGUGGGCGAGGCGCGGGCUCUGGUGGCGCUGCUGGUGCGCGGCAGCGCCGGCGGCGCCUUCCUCGACCCCUCGCGCGUCCUGGUGGUGGCCGUGGCCAACGUGAUGAGCGCCCUGUGCUUCGGCCGCCGCUACAGCCACGGCGACGGCGAGUUCCUGCGCAUCGUGGGGCGCAACGAGCAGUUCGGGCGGGCGGUGGGCGCCGGCAGCCUGGUGGACGCGCUGCCCUGGCUCCAGCGCUUCCCCAGCCCCAUCCGCGCCGCCUACCGCGCCUUCCGCGACCUCAACCGCGACUUUUACGGCUUCGUCCGCGGCAAGUUCCUGCAGCACCAGCGCAGCCUGCGCCCGGGGGCCGCCCCCCGCGACAUGAUGGACGCCUUCAUCCACCUGCAGCGGGAGCAGCCGCGGCUGCAGCUGGAGCACGUGCCCGCCACCGUCACCGACAUCUUCGGCGCCAGCCAGGACACCCUCUCCACGGCCCUGCAGUGGCUCCUCAUCUUCCUCAUCAGGUAUCCGAAAGUGCAGGCUAAAAUGCAAGAAGAAGUGGAUAGGAUUGUCGGAAGAGACCGUCUGCCAUGUGUUGAAGAUCAGCCUCACUUGCCCUACAUCAUGGCUUUCUUGUACGAAUCCAUGCGUUUCAGCAGUUUUGUGCCUGUUACUAUCCCACAUGCCACCACGACCAACACCUUCAUAAUGGGCUACCUCAUUCCCAAGGACACUGUCAUUUUUGUAAAUCAGUGGUCAGUGAAUCAUGAUCCAGCAAAAUGGUCCAACCCUGAGGAUUUUGAUCCAACAAGAUUCCUGGAUGAGAAUGGAUUCAUCAAUAAAGAUCUUACUAGUAGUGUGAUGAUUUUCUCGUUAGGAAAACGUCGGUGUAUUGGAGAGGAGUUAUCCAAGGUGCAGCUCUUUCUCUUUACCUCUAUACUGGUGCAUCAGUGCAAUUUUACUGCUAAUCCAAAUGAGGACCCUAAAAUGGACUUUACCUAUGGGCUGACCAUUAAACCUAAGCCAUUUACCUUGAAUGUUACACUAAGAGAUACUAUGGAUUUGCUUGAUCAGGCUGUCCAAAGACUGCAAGCAGAGAAAGUAGCCAAUGAAAAUCAGCUGUCAGCAAAUGCCUAAACAAUAAACCUUGCAUCUACAGAUAAUCCCUCUUUCUCUUUUUAGACUUAUAUGACUUACAGUUUGUUCUGGUGAUCUUUUUGGAACAUAGCCAAUAUUACAAGUUGUAAGAGCAGGAAGGAAAGCUGCACAAGGUAUAAUUCAGUCCUCUUUUUAGUUCUAGAAGGAGAGCCAGGGGAACAAUUUAAUAUAUUAAAUAAUAAAACAUAUGCAAUUUGAAAGUAAACCUUUUCUUUUCUAGCUUGUUCACAGAAGUUGCCAUUGUAAAGUGCUUUUUAUCUACUGACUGGUUGGAGCACCUCCAGGAACUCUCUCUACAAUCCUUGCUAUGUCUCCAUGUGCUAUGCCUUAACUCUAGGUUUGCCUUCAGUGACUCCGCAUCCCAAAGUGAAAUUUCUUAUUCAAAAACAAAGAAAAGAAAAAAUUAAAAAAAAGAAAGGGUUGUUUAGAACACUGCAGCCUGCCUCUGAAUUCCCUCUACUGGAAACUGCCAUGCUCCUGUGUUGUGACUGCUGGGAUGUCCAUUAAUGCCUCAAUAAUAAGUGUUCAAGUGAUUUUUGGUAAAAUGACAAUGUAAAGUCUAGCCUUCAGCAUUCCAAAGUGUUUACAUAAAUGACUAAAAAAAUAAAAGCCUUCCUUAUAAGCACAGCUGAAAAUAAAAUUUAUGUUUUAUAUGAACAUGAACAGAAUGUCCUACUACAGUAACUUUUCACUAAGUUUUGAAAGAUCAGAAUUUCUAUGCCACUGAAUGGCAAGUGAGAUACAAAUCAUAUGCUAAUAUGUUCAUUAGCAUGUUCAUGAACAAAAUAGAUAUUUGAAUUAGAUUGAUAAAGGUAUAGUUGAACUUUUUAUUUAUCUAGGAAAGAGUAUCACAUAAUAAGCACAUAAGUAAGUCCAGUAAAAACCACAUCGGCCAAGGGAUUUAGAGGUGAGAAUAUGGGGGGGUCAUAUUCAAACAUUCAUACCACAAGUCUCAAGUAAAGCAUACAGCAAAUAAAACCCAUGUUCACUAGUCAUUCUAGUAGGUUUAGUUAAAUGGUAUAUCUGAAAAUUAACUGUGUACUUUUAGUACACUUUGCUUGGAACAAAGUCUCAGAAGGAAAUGUAGUGUUACAUGUCCUAAUUAAUGUACCCAUUAACUGAAGAAAGAGUACUUUUAAAAUAUUAGUGAGGCAAAGUUCAUAAAAUUUUAAAAAACCACCUAACCUAUUAUUUGAAAGUAAAAAACGUGUGAAACUUUAUAGCCUUAAACCUCUGGCUAAUAUUUGUAUACACAAAGCUGCACAUAUUUCUCUAAAAAGCAAACAAUCCAAUGUAUAUGCCUGAUUUGAAAAGUGUUGGGCAGGCAUUGCAAAUCACCUUCAAUUACAUAUGAAAUCAAUCCGAAAUGAGAGUACCUCACGUGACUUGCUAUGUUCAGCUGAGUACUAAAUAAGGUAUUAGUAGAGCUAGAAAAAUAAGGGUACAAUGCUACACAGUAAAGUAGCUCUGCUAAGCAAGUAAGGAUUUGCACUGUCUUUUAAUAGAUGGCCAGUCUUAGUCACGUUGGCAGCAGUGACUGAACUCAUACUAACAUUGGGAAGAGCUAGGUUAAUGACACAAUCCAGAUCUUAGCUUCACUACUGAUUUUAAAAACCUGAAUCAAGCCUAAAAGUACUGCUCUGUAACCCCCCAGAGUGAUGUACCUGCUUAAAGUCUCUGACUUCAUAUGGCAUCUAUCAUCUUUUUUUUUUAUAGUUAAAAGAAGCUUUCUGUUACAUACACAAGGAGUAACCUCAGGUGUUUUUCUGAAUUACGUACAAGUUUGUGAUAUCCCAGAACUUAGCCUAUACCUGUGAAAAGCUUUAUAAAAUACUUAGGAUUUUCCUAUGGAGAUCUACAUUAGAUCAAAUGCUGGCAAGACAAUUUCUCUUCUACCUUUGUAAGUAUUGAUAUUAAAAAAAAAUAAAGGAUGUAACCUACAACUGAAUAGUUAUUCUAAUGCAAGGAUCACAAAUUCAUAUUUUAGUAAAAACAGCUUUUACAAUUUGAUACUCUUCCAAAAGCUUUAACUUUGCAUUGGCUACUAAUGCAACAUCCAUACACACUGCUCAUGUCAGUCAGGGGGUUACACGCUAUAUAGCUUUUGGUCAAAUAAAUGCCUUUUGUAAUCUGUGAAGAUACUCAAAUUUAGUAGCACCUAUUUAGAAUGUAUGCAGUUUAGUGAGCUAACUUCUAUGGUCAUUCUGAGAUGUAUCAUUGUGUUACCAAAAUACUAAAUAAAAUUAUUCUUACACUGCCA